CCGAAAUGACCGUUAGGCCGCUCCACCUGCCCGAAACGUCGUCUUCCGCAGCUUCGCUUUACGAUGUUCGGGUGAAAACCGUUGCCUUCAAUUAUAUUCUUCCCCCCAUUCAUGUCGUCCGGUCUUUUCCUGCUCGUAAAUCUUCGCGGCAUAUCCGUUUCUACGAGCUUCUUGCUGAGAGUGGUUUCAAUUUUCCUGUGCAUGAUUUUUGGUCGUUGAGAUGAGUUCCGGCUUGUUGAUGUUGCUGUACGGGAGGGUUCCUCCCAUCUACCAAUGGAUAUGACAAAUUGUGGUAUCACUAACGAAUCAAACUCUCAACUUCGUGAAGCUUAAACAAGACACCUUCGUGAAGCUUAAAACCUUGUUUAGGAAGGAAAUUUUCUAACCGGAGUGUUGUCAACGAUGGAAACCAUUAAUGGUGAUGUUGGUCGGAGCGUGAACAAGCCCAUUGCACCCACCGCAAAUGAGGAAGAUGUCUUGAGCUCAGACAAGAAACUGAGGAGUCGGUCUAAGGGCUCCAUGGGAAAGGCCACAGAUUCUUCUUCGUCCCCCUCUUCUUCGAGUAGUGGAUCUGAAAAUGAAUUCCAAUUGGAGGCAAGUAAAUCGGAAAAUGCCGUAAGCCAGAAGCCUUCACAUACGUCGCCUCCCGAGCACGAUCAAUCAGAAAAAGCCUUGACAUCACCACUUGAAAAAUCCAGUGAGGGGAGAAGAGAUGACUUGGGAGCGCAGCCCGGAUUAACACCGGAACCCAUGGGCGAUGAGCAGAAGAAAUCAAUAAAAGAUGGCGUUCUUGAUGGUCUACCAAUGGAACCGCCGCCGGUCCAGGCGAUGGCGCAGGCGGACGAUGGUGACAUGUAUCGAAUCCCAUCCUCUGUUUUCGCAAGGACAAAAUCUCAUGCACCCAUGGAAUGGAGCAUGGCAUCCAAUGAGUCGCUAUUCAGUAUAGGGGGUUCAAGUUUCUCGAGGGACCAUGUAUUUCUGCUAGAGAAGUCUGGUGAGCUUGACAUGUUCACCUUGAAUGCUCUGCAGAACUGUUCAAUUCCGACAACGCCGGGUUCAAAUAAUGCGGGGAUGAUGGGGUUGGAGGAGCCAAAGCCAGUUAAUGUUGAUGCAAAUGAUACUACACGUGAUGGAGGGAAAACGCAGAAGCAAGUGACUAUUGCAGGAGAAAUGCAUGUUGCUGAUCAUGGUGGUGAAGAAGAAAAUUUACCUGUGUCUUCUGCUGCUCCCCAGUCACCAAGUCCUAGACCUUCUUACUGUAGCAGUGCAAGCGCAAAAUCUUUCACCUUUCCCAUAUUAACAGCGGAAGAAAAGAGUGGCUCUGUGAAGGUGGAACCAGAUCCUCCCCAACAGCCUAUUCCUAUCGAACAAACAAGCUGGUUUUCUUGUAUAUACUGUUGCCCACGCUGCUGUUGACAGAAAACACACUCACUUGUGUUCCCAUGAGAUUUUAUGUCUAUGAGCCAUGUGAGAAUAUGCCCAUCGAUUUUGCUUAA